AUGACCCAGCACGGCUCAGCUGAUAAGAAGGAGGAAGAUUUUUUUUUAUUCGUAGAACAGGAAAACGCGGAAAUUUCAACGAACAGAAGGAACCCCAAGGUCGCGCUUGCGUUUGAGGAAGUGCUAGACUCCAUCGGGUCGAGAGGAAUAUUUCAGAAGCGGCUCAACAUUGUCUUCAACUGCGUCGGACCAUGUCUCAAUAUGUUGAGUGUAAAUGUUUUCUAUCUCGCAAUGCAGACGCAUGACCACUGGUGCCAUGUUCCUGGCAGGGAACGUGCCAAUCUGUCGCUGGAGGAGUGGAAGAAUAUUACAAUUCCUAGGGCAGGCAAAUCGUUCAGCAAGUGUCUGAUGUACAACCAGAGCGAUGGUGUCAACUGGAACAGUGUAGAACCCGUCAUGUGUCAACACGGCUGGGACUACGACGACACGUGGUUCUCGCUGACUGUCCCUUCUCAGAUGAACUGGGUCUGCGAGAACCAGAAGUACGCCAACGACGUCUUGUUCUACGCACAAAACAUCGGAGUGGCUCUGAGCCUGCUAUUCGGAUACAUAGGCGACAUACUACCAGAAACCAGGCUACUGAAACGCCUGUUCACCUACUUUUGGGAAAGAAAGACCAAGAACAAGUUGUUCAAAGAGGUUCAAGAUUAUUUAGACGAGUUAGGAUUGACAAUGCAACAAAUUGAAGGCAGAGAAGAGAAGAAGAUCCUGAAACACAGUGACACAACAUUUAAAUUCAAGACAUUUACACGCAAAAAGUACACCAUAACUGAUGAAGAAAGGGCUGCCAGGUGGUUCCCGGAGUCGCCUCGGUGGCUGGCGUGUAGAGGUCGCGAGGAGGAAGCCCUGAGGCUGCUGUGCCGCAUCGCCACGACCAACGGCGGACAGCUGCCUCCGUUCGCACCACGGGUGAUGCGGACCGUGGCCAAGGCCCAGAAAGAUAGGAAGGGCUUCCUCAGCCUCUUCUCCAGCUGGAACGUCUUCAAGAAUACGGUGCUGCUCAUCACUGCAAGAUCUGCGCACGUACUGACGCGGUUCUCGCUGGUGUUGCUGGCUGGUGGUGUGGGCGUGAAUCCCUUCCUGACGCUGGUGGCGCAGGGCGCGGUCCAGCUUCCCUCGGUCUGCGCCGUCCACGUGUGCGCGGCGCGAUUUGGCCGCCGCUGGACCGGUGUGGGCUGUGCCCUGCUGGCAGGAGUCAUUUGCGCGGCCGCCUUCUGCAUGCUGAGGGCUGGCAUCAUCGGACUGGCCAUCACGGUGAUGGCUGUGAUAACGCAGUUCUUCACGACUGGCACUAUCGCCAUGGCCAACCUACAGAGUGUUGAGGUGCACCCCACGUGCCUGCGUCAGAUCGCCGCCUGCGUCGAGUGGACCGCAGCUGGGGUCGUCAUGUCUGCACUUCCAUACGUGGCCCUCAUGAGUGACAGACGGACGCCCUACGCCAUUCUCGCAGUUCUGAACUUGGGGACAGCGGUUGCAGUAUCGUUCCUUCCAGAAUCUGCUUUGCAGAGGUUACCAGAAUCAUUACAGGAUGCUGCCAUCUUCGGCAAAGACCAGAAGUAUUGGAGCUGGAAGCCAAAACCAGCUCCACAGUAUGCCAUGGCUUAA